AUGGAUUCUUUGAAGUACAUCUUUCAGAAGCCAAUGUCAACCGGCAGACUUGUGAAAUGGCAAAUUUUGCUCACAAAAUUUGACAUUAUAUAUGUCACUCAAACUGCAAUGAAAGCUCAAGCUUUGGCAGACCACGUUGAAAAGAAUCCAGUCGAUGGUAACUAUGAACCAUUGGAUACAUAUUUUCCAGAUGAAGCGAUUAACACAAUCGAGGAAGUAGGUUUAGAUGGAAAUCAGGCCUGUCAAUUGUAUUUUGAUGGAGCAAUCAACGAAAAAGGCACAGGGAUUGGGGAAAUUCUAAUAUCGCCCACAGGGGAAUAUUACCCUACAACAGAUCGACUUCGUUUCUUUUGUACAAAUAAUAUGACUGAGUAUGAAGCUUGCAUCAUGGGUCUAAAUAUGGCAAUACAUUUGGGUGUGCAAGAAUUGAUUAUGUUUGGAGAUUCUAAUUUGCUUAUUCGACAAGCCCAAGGUGAAUAG